AUGGACAAUAUCAUUCCAAUGACAUUUUCAAAUGAAUUAGAUCCUUUAAAAAAUAAUUAUUAUCAAAACAAAUCAUAUCAAAAACAUAACAACACUACAACUCCUUAUAACAAUAAUAACAACAACAACAACAAUAACAAUAAUAUGAAUAAUAACACAAAUAGUAAUAGUAAAACCAAUACACCAAAUCACAUCGGGAAAAGCUAUUCACCACCACUUAUUAAUGCAAAUGCAAAUGUAGUAUUUCCAACUUUUAAAAGUUUAGAUCUUUCAAACGAUUCAAUUUUAAACUCCAAUAAUAGUUCGAGUUUGUCACCAACUAUUAAUUCAUUCAACUCAAAUAACCAAAGCAACCAAAAUAGCAACUUUGUAAAUAUAUCUCUAAAAACAAACAAUAAUCAAAAUAACAACAGUUAUAAAUAUAAUAACCAAAACAAUAGACAGCAUAAUAAUAACGGUAUUCCACAACAGUUGAACUCAAGUGGUAAUAUGGCAAGCAACAACAACAGUCACUAUUAUAAUAAGAAUAAUAAUUUUACAAAUAAUAGUAAUUAUCAAAGAAAUAAUCAACAACAAAGAGUUCCAAGGGGACCACCUGUAAAUUCUUCAGAAAAUGGCUUUAAUAAAAGCAAUUCCAAUAAUUUAUCUGGAUCAUUCGAUUCGUUACCAACUAAAAACUUUAAUAACAACUAUAAUAAUAGUAAUAACAAUAACUUAGUGAAUGGCAAACCCCAUCAAAACUAUAGUUAUAAUAAUAAUUUUAAAUUUAAUAAACAAAAUCAAUCACAAAACCAAAAUCAAUUACAAAAUCAAAAUAACAUCAAUUCAAAUAAUCAUGGAUUAAAUAAUAGUGGUAAUAAUAAUCCACAUAGAUUCCAAAAAAAUCAUUUUGAAAAAAAUAUCUUUAAUAAUAAUACAAGUAACAGUGUAAAUUUAAAUAAUAGUAGUAAUAAUUUAAAUACCAGCCAAAACCAAAGCCCUACUAAAACCAAUACAACAAGAUUUGAUAUUGAUAACGAACCAAAAAUUGAUCAGCUAAAUACCAGCAGCGAAGAUGAUAUGGAUAAUCUUAUGGGAAAUCUUUCAUUGUUCUCAAAUAAUAAAUCGGAAUCACUCCUUCAUACCUGGAAAUUAAAUAUUAAUAACAGCACAAAUAACAAAGAAUCUAUGGCUGAGGUAUCAACAGAUGAACAAAGUUUUAUCUUUAACCCAGACGAGCUUGAUAAUAAUACUAAGCAACCAAGAUUCAAUAAAGAUAUAUUUUCCAAUGGUUUCUCAACUUGGGCCCCUUCAAGAUCGUCCGGUAGUUUAAACAACAGUUUAAACAAUAUUAAUAGUGAUAACAUUGAUUCAAAUGACUCUGCCAUAGCAUAUAAUAAUAAUAACAACAAGGUUUUAGGUAAUAGUUUUAAUAACCUAAAUACAAAAAAUCAAAAUCAAAAUCAAAAUCAAAAUCAAAAUCAAAAUCAAAAUCAAAAUCAAAAUCAAAAUCAAAAUCAAAAUCAAAAUCAAAAUCAAAAUCAAAAUCAACAUUACUUUUCAAAUUAUAACAGUAAUUAUAGUACUCACCAUAAUCAAAAUAAUGGUAAUUAUUCAAAGAGUUAUUAUAAUAAUAUGAACAACAAUAGUAACAAUAAUAUGAAUAAUACUAGUAAAUUUAAUAAAUUCCAAUAUCAACAACAACAACCACAAGUUGUAUCACCACCACCAGGAUUUUCAUCACUUUCAAAUAUCCCACCACCACCAGGUCUCAAUGUUAAUUCAAAAGGACUUUUAUCAAAUAGCCAUAUUGUAAAUGAAGAACAAGAAUUGUCUUAUGAACAACCACAACAAAACAGUGGCUUAGAAAGAUGGUUUGGUUCAAAUAUUUAUCAACAACAACAACAACAAACUUCAAAUCAAAAUUUAUUUGAAAUGAAUAACGAUAAUUCAUUCAACAAUCACCCUCAACCAAAAAUGCUCUCACUAGCUGAGAUUGAAGGUUUGACUUAUGAUGUUCAAAAUUAA